AUGAUCGCCAUUGAUGGCUGCAUCGGUAAAACAACCACGAGUCAUCUCAACGCCUGCCAGGGCCUGGCCGAGGUGCUCGCCGACCGAGGCCACGAGGUGUCAUUUCUGGUCACCUCGCCGGAGAAGGCCGCCGCCAUCGAGAAGGUCGGCUUCAAGGCGAUUCGACUUGACUCCGGGGAUGAAGCUUCGAAAAAGGCCGGCGAAGGCCACGGAGGUCACGGUCACGGAGGUCACGGUCAUGAUCACUCCCAUGGUCAUUCUCAUGGAGGUCAUGAUCACUCCCACGGAGGUCACUCUCAUGGAGGUCAUGGAGGUCACGAUCACCCCCAAGAGAAGGUCAAAGGUCAUCACCAUCAACACGGCGGUGAUCACCCCGUAUCGGAGCAGGCCAACGCCAACCUCGCCCGCGGCGCCUUCGCCCGCAAGACGCCCCUGGAGCAGCUCCAACUCCAAAUGGACCACUUCUCCACGAACGCCCACCUGACCGGAAACUUCCAGACGACCAUCGAAAAGACGGAAAAGAUGGCCGCACUCUUCGCCGACCCCGGCACCCGACCGGACGUCCUCAUCCUCGACACCUUCAUCAUCAGCCCGGCCGUGCUCCAAUCGGGCAUUCCCUGGUGCUACCUCUUCAGCGCCAAUCCAAUGGGCCUGUACAAGGGCGACAGGAUGCCGCCCUUUGGAGCCGGCUUCCCGGUUUCGGUAAACCCCGACCCGAGCUCCUGGACCGAGUACAAAGCGCUGCAGACGGCCCUCGGCAAGAAGGCCUACGCCACCUUCCAGGCGAAGCUCAAUGAGCUCUUCAACCUCGAUCCGGUCCUGGACCCCUACAAAAACGGAAACUUCUUCCCUCACUCUCCCUACCUGAACAUCUUCGGCUACCCGGAGGAGCUGAGCUACAACGACGUCGCCUCGAUGCCCGACCGCACCAUCAGCGUGGACGCCUUCGACCGCAAGGUUUCCGGCCAGGAGGGGAAGGACUUUGCACUUCCGGAAGGCUUCUGGAGCAAAGAGUCCGGCGAGAAGUUGCUCUUCUUCUCGCUGGGCUCGCAGGCUUCCGCCAAUCUUGAGCUGAUGCGCCGAGUUUUGAAGGUCCUCGCCAAGCAUCGAGCAAAGUACAUCGUUUCGAAAGGGCCGAAUGGCGAUCAGCUGGAACUUCCGGCCAACUGCUGGGGCGCCAAUUACCUGCCCCAGCCGCUGAUCCUGCCGAUGGUCGACGCGGUCAUAACUCACGGUGGAAACAACUCCUUCACCGAGACCUUCGCCGCGGGCAAGCCGAUGCUGGUACUUCCGGUCAGCGGAGAUCACCUCGACAACGCCCAGCGCAUCGAGGAGAAGGGCUAUGGGCUUCGCCUGCCGCCGCACGACUUUACUGAGGAGCAGCUGACGCAGGCGGUGAAGAAGCUGCUCACCGACCAGGAGUUGAUUUCGAAGGCCCGGAAGGCCG